AUGCCGAUCCGUCCCCUCGAUGAAUGGGCCGUUGGCCGCACCCAAUCCCUACCCCUCUCCUCCCUGAGAGACUCUGUUAUCGGUAUCGAUGCGUCUCACUAUAUCAAUCAACAUCUCGUGAACCAGUCAACCCGCGAGGCGCUCUUAGGCGCACUGGGCGGAUUCCCUUUCGCCCUCAGAGCAAACAUCGAAAAGGAACUCCAAGUCUUCAAGAACCUUGGCGUGGGCUGUGUGUUUGUCUUCAAUGGUCUGGACUUCGGCAAGAAAGAGCAGCGCGCGCAAUCCCAGUCGUCGCGUUCAUUCGAACAAGCCUGGGAUCUCUAUGACCAGCAACAGGCAGAUCAGGUCGUCGAUGCCUUUAGCAGUGCCGGUAUGGGUUCUUUCUAUCCUGAGCCUCCUAGUGAAUUGGUGACCGGGCUGGCGAGCCUGCACCGACGACAAUGGAACCUGACGAACGCCCCAACAACCGCUGACACUACCAACCCCCCAGGAACUCCACCCCCAGAGACUCUUUUCAAGUUUUUACAGCGCAUCCUGGUUCAAAUUGGCGUUCAAUUUAUGGUAGCGCCCUACAGCGCUGCGGCCCAACUUCACUACCUCGCUCGUGGCACCAAUCCCGUCAUCGACUCCGUUUACGCCCCCUCCGAAGCUCUCCUGUUCGAUAUUGACAAGCUGAUCACCCGCAUUGACACCGAGCCCGCACAAUUCUUCUGGAUCACAAAACAAACCUGCAAGGAGGAGCUUGGUCGGUUGUCGGACGAGCAGUUCCUAGAUUUUUGCUUACUACUAGGCUCACCAUUCCUUCGAUCCUUCCCCCUAUUCGAGAACCCUGCUUUCCCUGGCAAGAGCCCUACCAUCCGUGAUGCACUUCCCAUGUUUAACGCAGCCGGGCGCAGUGCACUGACACUAUGCGCUCAGUUCGACGAGGAUCGCCGCAUGCAGGAGCUUCAGUACACCGAUUUAUACAAGCGAGCUUUCAUGGUUGUGAAGCACCAUGUUUUCAUCGAUUUGGAGGGUCGAGUGGGACCUAUGGAUUCGGAGAAUGCCCCGUCUGACGUACACGAGCUUAUCGGACAGCGACUUCCCGAGGAGCUCUAUUUCUAUCUCUCUAAAGGUAUCCUGGGUGCCGAUGUACCCAACUACCUUACGUCUGGCCAAGUCCGUGUCACGCUGCCGCUGGGCACCGAAGACACCGAAAUCUAUCGCCAACUCGUUGGUGACAUCUUGACACCUACGCGCACUCAGUCUAUGUGUCUUCUAGCAAACUCGCUUCAUCGAUUCUACCAAACAAAGGUUAUUCAAAUUCGUCCUUGGUUCGAUGAGAACUCGGAACGAUCCAUUAAUCUGAAAGGAAUUCCUUCGGUCAAGGAAACCAUUCAGUCAUGGAGACUUCAUGGCGAAAAUUUCCCAGAAGGUGUCAAGAACAUCCAGGCGCCCCGUGGAUCUUUCAAGUUUGCUGUACAGAGUUUGAGUGAUUCAGACUUUGUGGCCAAAUCGUUCGCUACUAAAGAAACACCUGCUUUAUCCUCUCAAGAUGAUAUCUUAUCUAAUGCCAUGUGGCGCUUCAUGCAACUUCGCGGAUAUAUCGACGACAAGCACAAGCUCACUGCAUGGGGACAAUGUCUGUCCCAGGCGCUGUCAGCUGUUGACCCUGCAGACAAUCUCGAAGAGGCUAUAUUCAUCGCAAUUGAAAUGCUACGCUUGGAUCUUCUGAACACCAAGCACUGGUUUGCACAUGUAUCUGGGGGCCCUAUGAGGGGAUCGGAAGAGGACAAGACCUUCAAUAUGCUGGUCUCGCGUGUUGCAUGUAUUGCGAAAUUGCAGCACAAGAGCAUUGGCUACUCUGGCCCGUUGAGCCGCCAACUUCUUUGCUAUCGCUCUCUGAUUUCCGAGGUUCGCUCCGUACUGAGGAACUUGGUUGAGGUCGUGCUGGCUAGUAUGCUACUUAGUGGCGAUGUCAAUCGGGACCGCGAUGACUGGACGCAACUGGCUAUCAGGCUUCCAUUUAUCGACGAUAACGAUUGCGGUCUAGGUAUUGCGGUCCGCACCUACCUUGACGACCUCCCACUCCAGGCAAAUUCUACAUCGCCCGAGGCGCGCGCAGAUGUGAAGGCUAAGGGCAAGGAUUGGUUCCAGCACAGCGAGAGCUUUACCGGAAACCUGGAUUUGGCAUUCAAGCUAUGGGAUGCGGUUUAUGCCGGCACGCAAAAUGCGGGCAGGGAACUCCAGGAAACCAAGCUUUGGGACGACGCCAAUAAGUGGCUUUCCGAAAGACGAUGA